AUUGCAUUUCUGGCUUGCUACACAGCGGUCUGCUGUUAGGUGGUCUUAUGAUCGGGUUUUACCUUAUAAAAUAAGUGUUUUUUAAUUGACCGAAAUACGUUUUUAUUAUUUUAUUGCUUUUUAUUUCAUUUUUAUUUAAACCGAAUCGACUGUUUCCGACCGAAACCCCCACGCGAAUUGUGUGUUUCUUCUUAUCUACUUCUCUGUCGUUGGAAAACAAUGAAAUGAAGGCCUAGCGUUACUAGUUAAUCGGCAAAAUAGCGAACGUCAGCUAACUAAAUCAGAUAAUCUGCUAGCCUGUGUGGGAUUUCAAUUGAUGACUGUAUUAAUCAUCGACAUUACACUGUGAAAUCAAAUCAGGUAUGUCGUCCCAGCUCCAGGUGUUCUCUGCUCCCUCCAGCUCCUCCAGCGCAUUUUGUCGUGUCAAGAAGAUGAAGGUGGAGAACUGUGUUUGGGACGCAUCCUCUGACUGCCCAUACGGUUCCGCGGGGGGACAGCAGGGAGUAGGGGGUUACUCCUUCACCCCUGCACUAGGCAUGGCAGUGCCUCCCUUCGCCCCCUCUGCGUUAGUGUUCCCUCCCGCCCCAGGCUCCCGUGGCCAGGUGGUGGUCAGGCCAGCAGACAGCACGGGCAACCUCCCCCGGGGUUCCAGUCGCCGCCUCAACGACCAGUACACACACUCCUCACACACAAACUCUGAGACGGCCAGCAUGGGGAACGGGAUGCGACGACAGGGCCAGAAGAGGAAGAAUGACGAGGUCGUUAAAGGGAGCGGGAGCGGCUGUGGGAGUGUUCAGAUCUUAGAGGAGCUCUCUGCCCCUCCUCCCGUCUUCUCUACGCGUACGGGGGGAGGAGGAGGGGGUACGGGCCAGUCCAUCCCCCACUCGGCCCCCACCACCAAGAGCUCCAGCUCCAGUGGAGAGGGGGACUACCAGCUGGUGCAACAUGAGAUUCUGUGUUCGGUCUCCUGUAGUUAUGAGGUGCUGGAGUUCCUGGGGAGGGGGACCUUCGGUCAGGUGACCAAGUGUUGGAAGAGGGGAACCAAUGAUAUCGUGGCCAUCAAGAUCCUGAAGAACCACCCCUCGUAUGCACGACAGGGUCAGAUCGAGGUGGGCAUCCUGAACCGUCUGAGCGCGGAGAACGCCGACGAGUUUAACUUUGUGCGUUCCUACGAGUGUUUCCAACACAAAGGUCACACCUGCCUGGUGUUCGAGAUGCUGGAGCAGAACCUGUAUGACUUCCUGAAGCACAGCAAGUUCAGCCCCCUGCCGCUACAACACAUCAGACCCAUACUGCAACAGGUGGCGACGGCGCUGAUGAAGCUGAAGUCUCUGGGUCUGAUCCAUGCUGACCUGAAGCCAGAGAACAUCAUGCUGGUGGAUCCACUCAGACAGCCCUACAGGGUCAAGGUCAUCGACUUCGGCUCAGCCUCACACGUCUCCAAGGCUGUCUGCUCAACGUACCUGCAGUCACGAUACUACAGGGCUCCAGAGAUCAUCCUGGGCUUGCCGUUCUGUGAGGCUAUAGAUAUGUGGUCUCUGGGCUGCGUUAUAGCUGAGCUGUUCCUGGGGUGGCCCCUGUACCCCGGGGCCUCGGAGUACGACCAGAUCCGGUACAUCUCCCAGACCCAGGGCCUGCCUGCAGAGUACCUGCUGAGUGCCGGCACCAAGACAAGCCGCUUCUUCAAGAGAGGACCUGACUCCAGCUACCCCGUCUGGAGAAUCAAGGCCCCUUCGGACCACGAGGCUGAGAUGGGCAUCAAGUCCAAGGAGGCUCGUAAAUACAUCUUCAACUGUCUGGACGACAUGAUGCAGGUCAACCUAUCGUCUCACCUGGAGGGGACGGACAUGCUUGCGGAGAAAGCUGAUAGGCGGGAAUUCAUCGACCUGCUGAAGCGGAUGCUUCGAUUGGACGCUGACAAGAGGAUAACGCCCACUAAGACGCUGGGUCAUCCCUUCGUCACCAUGAGUCACCUGCUGGACUUCCCUCACAGUUCCCAUGUGAAGUCUUGUUUUCAGAACAUGGAGCUUUGUAAACAUAGGAGCUCAUCGUUCGACAACAACAACAACAACAACAACAACAAAACUCUCUUCUCUACGAACACUCUUCCUAGUGCUGCCGCCGGCAACCUCACUGUCACCUUCAGCAGCCAGCUGAGCCAGCACAACCAGGUCCCGUCAGCAGGGGGCGCUGUUCCUCUCAUGAACUACCAGCCAGCCCUGUACCAGCAGGCCACCAUCAACAUCCCUGGUCUGGCCCAGCAGAGUGUCCCCGUGCAGGCACGCCCCACCGGCCUGGCCUGCCAGACUGAGCCCUUCCAGCAGACUCUCAUCGUCUGCCCACCAAACACCAUACAAGGUCUCCAGUCAUCCAAUAAGAGCUCUAGUUUCCCAGUGAGGAUGAACAGUUCAGCCCCCAUAGUGAACCAGAACCAAUCAACACAGCCACUGCAGCUGCAGCCUGCCAUGCUCACACAGGGCUCCUGCACACCCCUGAUGGUAGCCACCCUCCACCCCCACCCCCCCACGGUAGCGGGCGUAGCCCCCCAGUACUCUGUUCCCCUGGGGCUGGGCUGUGAUGCUGGCCACCCCACUCUGCUGGAGCACACUGCCACCGUGCUGCAGGCUUGGCCCGCCGGCACCCAGCAGAUCCUCAUCCCGUCGUCAUGGCAGCAGGUUCCUGGCGUGGCCAUCCACGGCUCCGCCCACCAGACGGUUGUCGCGGAGUCUCCCGUAGAGACGCUCCAUCCGGACACAGCCCAGCACACAAACAGCUGGAGGGGGUCUCAGUACAGGGGAGUACUGCAGCAGAGUCAAUCGACCUCUGACCCUAGCCGGGGUCAGGCCACCCAGAGGUCACAGCAGGAGAGGAGCGGAGCUGGGAAGAGGGCCAAGGUUCGCCGCGGCAACAACAGAACCACCAGGGGUGUGUCCGGUGUGUCGCUGCUCACCAACGCCAUGCUGACUCCGCCCACCUGCAGUGUGGCAGCUCUCUCUCAGCCAAUCAUCAUCUCAGACACGCCCAGCCCGGCGGUCAGCGUCAUCACCAUCCACAGCGACUCAGACGAGGAAGACGAGAGGAAGUUCCACCCCGCCAGCUGUGGUCCGGCUCAGAGGACUAACGUGAUCAGCUGUUUGACGGUCCACGACUCUGACUCCUCCACGGCCAGCCCCCUCACCCCCCGCCUCCUCGCCGGCUCCAGCACUCUCACACACCUUCGCGGAGGGGGGACGUCUAUGGGCAGGUCACUGGCCGUGGUGGCACCAUCUGUCAAGACCCAGCCGACUGAGACGGGGCAACUCCAGAGCUCCUACAUCAAGCCCAAGCGGGCCAAUCGACAGCCCUGUAGUGGUGACAACAGCGACCGCCAUAAGCUUGUCCCCAGCCAAUCACAUCCUCUCAACCUCAGCCAGGUACAGCCUGUAGUCUCAUCCUCGUCUCAGGACCGUUCCCACGGCAGCCUGCGUCGCCAGGCAACCUACCCCCCUAGCCCCGCUUCCCACUACACCUUUCAGGAAGCGCCCUCCCUAAGCACCGCCCCCAGCCUCUACACCUUCCCCGCCUCCGCAGCGCUAGCCUCUGCCUCUCAGGCCAUGGAACAGUUCCUGGGGCGUGGCCACCCCACCCCUUCCACCUACGCCCCUCCCACCGUCUCUUACGGAGCCUCGGGGUUGGCCCGGAGUGACGCAGGGACCAGGAAGGAGUCUUCGGUGGGGUCAGGGAUGAUCCAUGGGGUGGGGCUUCCUGCAACCUAUCAGCACCAGUUUACUGCUGGGCCCCCAUACAUUAGUGUGAGGCCCCGGGCUGAAGCCUACAGCGCAUACCAGCUCAGCCCUCGACGGUUGGGACAGUACCCUUACUUAUGAUGAGACGUGGGGCGCUUUCAGCAGCAUGCAACGUUUUGGAACGUUCAGAUAGAAAAAUCCUAUGUAGAACAAACGUGUCUAUGAAUUGCAGAUCACAUUAGAGCUGGGAUGAUAAACCAAAAAUGAUUGACACCGACUAUACCCGACCACUUAUCGCAGGCAUUUUGUUAAUAUCGUUCAUUACAAUAUAAGUAGCCUCUAAUAGAGAAAUGUGAAGUUUGAAAUGAAAUAAGUUUUCUAAUAUGGGUGAUUGUUGAUAGAACAAUUGAUGGCUACAAACAUCAAACUAGUAGUAGUUUAAAGGCCCAGUGCUGCCGUUUUUAUCUCAAUAUCAAGUCAGUUCUGGGUAACAAUUAAGUACCUUACUGUGAUUGUUUUCGAUUACAAUAAUCUAAAAUAAACAGAAAGCUAAAUAGCAAAGAGCAAUUUUCUCAAGCAAGGAUUUUGCUAGGACUGUCUGGGAGUGGUCUGAGUGGGGAGGGGAAACUGAAAACUAGCUGUUAUUGGCAGAGAGUUUUUGGAACUCUUUCUUAUUGGUCUAUUAACUAAUUAACCACCUGGUGAUGUCACAAGACACGCUCAAAACUCCCACCAAAAACAGGCAGACAUUUCAGGAUGCUUUUCAAACAGUUUUUACAUUUAAAGGGCAUUAUCAUAUAUAUUUUUCUUUUACAAUUUCACGGUGUUAUUCCAACCACACAGGGGGGAAAAACACGUUUUAGGCUACACUGGGCCUUUUAAAGGAUAUUAAAACUAAAUGGUGGUGCAGAUUUGUUAUAUACUAUCCUUUCUAUUUACCGUUGUCAAAUCAAUUCAGGUCAUUUAUCCCGAUGUGGAUUUUUUUGUUGUUGUCCUUAUCGCCCAGCUCUAGAUCACGUCGACACUAUUCAUGACAUUUUUUAAAAUCUGAAACGUUGGGACAACGUUUUGCAACUGAACGUGGCUACGGUAGAGCAGUAUACCUACUGAUGAUGUCAUGAUACUGGGGCUAGAGAUGGGGGGAGGGGGCGAUAAUGUGUAGGACUAUGGCUCUCACACCAACUCUCUGAAGGGGCAAUAAGACCCCCCCACUUCACCUUGUGGAUGAAUCAGGGAGGGCUAUGGAAUUUGAAUUUUUGCACUACUGCAUUUUAUUUACUGUUAAGCAGUGGUUCACCUCAAACUGGUUUUAACAGCGUUCUGUUAAGCAGUGGUUCACCUCAAACUGGUUUAACAGCGUUCUGUUAAGCAGUGGUUCACCUCAAACUGGUUUAACAGCGUUCUGUUAAGCAGUGGUUCACCUCAAACUGGUUUAACAGCGUUCUGUUAAGCAGUGGUUCACCUCAAACUGGUUUUAACAGCGUUCUGUUAAGCAGUGGUUCACCUCAAACUGGUUUAACAGCGUUCUGUUAAGCAGUGGUUCACCUCAAACUGGUUUUAACAGUGUUCUGUUAAGCAGUGGUUCACCUCAAACUGGUUUAACAGCGUUCUGUUAAGCAGUGGUUCACCUCAAACUGGUUUUAACAGCGUUAUGUUAAGCAGUGGUUCAACUCAAACUGGUUUUAACAGCGUUCUGUUAAGCAGUGGUUCACCUCAAACUGGUUUAACAGCGUUCUGUUAAGCAGUGGUUCACCUCAAACUAGUUUUAACAGCAUUCUGUUAAGCAGUGGUUCACCUCAAACUGGUUUUAACAGCGUUCUGUUAAGCAGUGGUUCACCUCAAACUGGUUUAACAGCGUUCUGUUAAGCAGUGGUUCACCUCAAACUGGUUUUAACAGCAUUCUGUUAAGCAGUGGUUCACCUCAAACUGGUUUUAACAGCGUUCUGUUAAGCAGUGGUUCACCUCAAACUGGUUUUAACAGCAUUCUGUUAAGCAGUGGUUCACCUCAAACUGGUUUUAACAGCGUUAUGUUAAGCAGUGGUUCACCUCAAACUGGUUUUAACAGCGUUCUGUUAAGCAGUGGUUCACCUCAAACUGGUUUAACAGCGUUCUGUUAAGCAGUGGUUCACCUCAAACUGGUUUAACAGCAUUCUGUUAAGCAGUGGUUCACCUCAAACUGGUUUAACAGCUUUCUGACCUUUUGUAGUAGUAUUAUCAUUAUGUGAUAUUGUACCGUUAUUUUUCCCAGCAGAAAACGUAUAAUUGUCUUGUCUUAUCCCUGUUUUAAUUGGAUGUAGAUUGAGGCGUUCUGGUUUUUAAUAUCAUAUAUACUAUAAAUUGUGUUUAUUUAAAAGGCUUUGUGUUUUAAAGGACACUAGUCUCCUCUAGGGGUCCAGUCAGUGAGCUGAAACACAGAAUACUGGAGAAACAAAAUGUGUUUCUAUACCAUAUGAAAUGUACUGUAUCUAACAGCUAUGCUGGUCUGUGAGCUAUCUGUAGCGUUGCAGCCUCCUGAGUAGGCCCUAGCUGUGUCUCCUUGCAAUAGGAGAGCCCAUUGUCUCGCGUCAGAUGGCGUCACUCCUACGCGACGCUCGUUUUGAGUGCAGACGGCCGUCAGCGCUAUCUGACGUCAGACAAUGUAGGAGAGCCUAGAAAGGCGUAGCUAGAGAAACGGCACACGUAGCUAGGGAGAUGCUACUGCUAGCUAGCUAGAUAUGCUAGCUAAUCUUAAGAAAACCUACAGGAGACCUUUGUAGCCUAACUAUAGCACAGCUAGCUAGAGAGAUGCCAGCUUUUAGCUAACCCAAGGCCGGUCUAAAGGUGAUCCAAGUAUCUUUAGCAUGGCAGGCUAGCUAGAGAAAUGCUAGCUACUAGCUAAUUUAAACAAAGCACUUAAGGUGAUUCCUUUUCGUCCUCAUGCUAGCGAGCAGUAGCCACAUGCUGGCUAGCAUGAGGGAAAAAAACGUCUCAGCAGUGUCUUAAUCUAAACAAAAACCCUUUCCAACCAUAUAGCAGAGCGUAUAAGGGUGGAAUCUUCUAGCUUACCUAAAGGUGAUUUGUGUGUCUGUAGCAUGGCUGGCUAACUAGCUAGAGAUGCUAGCUAUAUGCUAACCUAAAUAACUUCUAACGGUGAUCCUUGUGUGUUUAGCACCCUUAUAUAACCCAAACUAAUCCAGUGACAUCCAUAAUAUGGUCUGAUAAUAUUUGUAUUAUAUUAUUUUACAUAUAGCCUAACUCCUGUGUUUUUAGUUCUACAUGUUCGAAAUUCUAAACUUCUCUAUUGUGAGUUUAAAUUAUGUUUUGUCGUUAAUGUGAGCUGUCACACAAGACGGUCUUGUUGGUGGCUCAUGCCGCACCUGAUGGAUGGUAAGACGUUUGAAUGGAAGGAGAGGGAGACAGAAAUGUAUGGUUGUUUGACACUGAUGUUAUGGAUCAUUUCAUUUAAAUCAUUAGCAUGUUGUAUGUAGUCUAUUCUGUCACCGCCUGGUAACGAUGUAGUCUAUUCUGUCACAGCCUGGUAACGAUGUAGUCUAUUCUGUCACAGCCUGGUAACGAUGUAGUUAGUCUAUUCUGUCACAGCCUGGUAACGAUGUAGUUAGUCUAUUCUGUCACAGCCUGGUAAUGAUGUAGUCUAUUCUGUCACAGCCUGGUAAUGAUGUAGGGAGACAGUCACGCUAGUCUUGACACAAGCACAUUCAGUUGAGCACAGUUUAAAGUAUUUGAAAUGAUUUCAAAUAGUAAUUGAACCCAGGUCUUCACAUGACAAACUGAGCGUAUUAAUGUUUGUUGUUUGGACUAAAAAAACGAGGCUGAACGAUGGAAAGUCACAUCGCUCAUCGCUCAGCCAGGAAACUGCUUUAGAACUUAAACUGACCUACUGAAAACGAUUUGGUUCAUUUUGUCACCUGUGGUUUAGAUAGAAGUGCAUUAUCACUCUCGGACGGAACUCUCCCAGUGUUCUAUUGUGACUGAAGGUUCCUACUGCUGUUAAUGGAAUCAUUUUACUGGUUCUGCAGAGAACCUCAGAAUAUCUUCAUCUGGGUGGAGUUGUUUAUAGUUUUCAAAACACUCACUGAUCUUUUUCUUGAUACUGUCUUGUCUUGUCAUUAUGUUGCACAAUGCAUUUAAGUAAUCCGGUUAUUGGUGAGGAUAAUGUCAACAUCAAAUCAACCCAAUCACUGUUUUCAAAUAAAUUACCCAGAAGUCCA